AUGCUGGUACGGAGCUCUUUUUAAAAACUUGAAGGCACUAUAUCCUCUCGCUUACGCCCACUUGAUUCAGUCACAUCAGAGCCGAACUCAUUCUCUUCAGAGGCACAACCUGUUACCUUCCGAGAGCGCCUUCGCUCACCACGCUGCCUGAACCAGCAAAAUUCAAACUGUUGGUCAUUACCUGUUUCCGGCCCUUCGUCGAUAGAUCAAUCCAUUGCUCCCUAUGAGAACACUGUAGAAGCUGCAUUACCAGCAGUGAGUAGAGGCAGACUCGAUAAUUCCAUGCCUAUUAUGAACGAGCAUUGUCGCCAAAACUGUCUCAGGCUAAAUAGCAUUCGCAGAACUCGUCUCCAAAGAAAAUUAGACGAAGAGGAUGGUAAAAAAGACCAGAAAAGUGAUAAGGAGGAGGAAAACGAUGCUGGCACUGAGGAUGAUAGUGAGGAAGGAGAGCCUUUGUUUGAACCUCGUCAGCUUCGGCCAAGGAAUAACCUCGCUUUGUUACAAGGCAGCAGGCCAACUGACGAGGCACCAAUGACCAAGCGCAUACGCGGUAACCGAACUCAUGCUUCUCAUCGACCGAUCUCGAGACGUCUCGAAAUGGAAAGGAGUAGUGACGAUAAUGAAGAUGAAGAUGAGGCUGAAGGUGAUGGAGAGGAGGGUGGGCGUCGCUAUCCGAUGCGACAAAGGCGAAAUGUCGAUGUCUACCAGGGUGAGUCUUCUUCUCAUUAA